AUGUCUCGAAAUCCUCCUUCACGGACUCGAACCAGCAGCAACAGAACAGUUAGGCAACUAUUUUAUCAUAAUGUGACUGGAGCUUCAGAAUUCCACCAACACACGACGAGUCUAAGUAGUCCUGACGACGGAUUUGGUCUGUUUUUCCAGAGUAAUGAGAAAGAGAUGUCGAAUGUCCCAGUAACGUUCGAAGCACCAUUGCCGAUUUGGCUCAAGGGCACGCUUGUACGCAACGGACUUGGAUUGUUUGAAAAGGGGCCUAGAUCGUUCGUUCAUGCAUUUGACGGCUUCGCUAAGCUUGCUAGUUGGAAGUUCAUGGGAAAUGAAAGCGCCCUGUUUUCUACAAGAUUUCUCAGAUCCAUGUUCUAUAAAUCAUCAAUGGAGGCUAACACUAUAACUCCGUAUCUUUUGUUUCAUUCAGUUGUUCCUCCUUUCGGAUACAUUGAAAAACUACAAUGUUUGUUUAGAGGGAUUGAUAAUAUGAACGUCAACAUUGUUGCUUUUCAAAAUUCAAAGAACAAGGUCACAGAAUACGCGGCAUUGAACGAUUUUUGGAUCGUUUACAAGGUAACCAUAGAUAAACUCUCUACAAAACAUAAGGUUAUUCCAAACACUGGAAUUCUCAGCCUUUUAUCGUCUUCACACCCUCUCCCUGAACCAGGCACAAAGAACCACUUGAACUUUCUGUCUAGCCUAGCUGUCUUGCCUUGGCGAAACAAUAUGAUUAAUCUAAUGAGGAUUAAAUCUCUGAAACGACGAAGUAUUAUAGCUCAGUGGCCAGUGGAUCGUGUCCCUUGUAUGCACUCUUUUCUAGUGGAAAUGUUACAAACAAUUACUGUGAACAAUAUUUUCACUAUGCAUCAUGUUAACGCCUAUGACUUGGGCAAUAAUAGCAUCAUUAUGGAUGUUUCUUCGUACCCUUCGCCCGAGAUCGUCAGUCAUCUCCAACUUCAUGUCCUCAGAGAUCCAGUGAAACGCAAUUCCUUUGCAGCGCAUGCUCAGCUAAAACGUAUUUUUAUCGAUUUGAUUAAAAAUGAAGCUCACGAAAUUCCACUUGAUCAAAGCGCCACACCACGACUCGCCUCUCAUUUAGAUAUGCCGGUGAUCAAUGAAGCGUACAGAUCCAAACACUACUGCUUUGUUUAUGGUCUUGUCUUUAAGGCAGACAAUAAAACAUUCAGCAAUAUUGCUGUAGUUAAAAAAGACGUGUGUCAUGAUGGGCAAGGUGACAGAAUAUGGCAAUUGGACGGCCAUUAUCCUGUGGAGCCAUGGUUUGUUGCUGACCCUCAAGGUGUUGAUGAAGAUGAUGGUUUGUUACUGGUUCCUGUACUUGACGGUGAAAGAAAACAGACAUAUCUAAUCGUAUUGGAUGCUAGAACUCUUACACUAACCAACAGAGCUGUAAUGCCUACUAAUAUACCAUACUCUCUACACGGACGAUUUUUUCCUGGAGUUUGA